AUGACUGUUGACCUUUAUUAUGAUCGGCAAGAUAUAUCCUUUCAAGGGAUUAAGCUGACAGCAGCUAACUAUACAUUUUGUUAUACGAAGAGGUUCUUGCUUGUUUUCGCGCUGCUACAGCAAGAUCCGUGCGGUGGACGCCUUGCAGUGAAUGUUGAGCGGGAAUGUGCUGACAGCCACGAGCUUGCGCGCCAAAGCCCUCCUCUCCAAGCCCAGCCUCCACAGUCCAUGUGUCGACCCCCGUUCUUAGCAUCCGGUGCAACCUGCAGGUGUGCCAACUGUGAUGGUGGGCACCCCAUCCACUGCCUCCACAUAGUGCCAGGCUGGGAAGCCGCUCCAGUGCGAGCUGCUGGCGCCCAUGCAUCACCCUCGCCGAUCACGCAGUCACUGUUGUCGUGCUGGACGGGCCAUAGCUUACGCUUACAUUAUUUACGCUCGUUUUGGAUGACAGGGUCAAUGGAGUCGGAGUCCGUGUUCACCGCUGGCAGCUGCACCAUCGCCGUCUCAGGUGCAGUGCACGGCCCGCUGGCCCCGCUGGCCCUACUUUUCACGAGUCGAGUUGGUGGAGUCGAGGUCAAGCAAGCGCUUUGUGGACAGCUCGAAUUCACAGAUGAAGUGGGCUCUAAGGAUUCCUGUGAAGUGGAGAUGAAGUGA